AGCAUUCAUAUCACAGAAUCUGCACUUCAGUACAGAAUCUAUAUAUGAAAGCAUAGACUGUAUUCAAGUUCAAGUUCAUAGCACCUGUCUAUCAGUUUUUAGUUUCAAUUAUUAAGUGCUCAUCAAUUCAUACAUCAGUUUUUGAUUAGACAGAGAGCACAGGUAUGCCUCAGCAGCAUAUCUCACAACUGCCCCGAUUGGGCGCAUUGGUGUCCAGUCUGGACGGCCACCAGCGGGUGAACCUCCACUGCCGGGUCGUAGUGUUGGGUUCGGCCAAAGUGGGAAAGACGGCAAUCGUCGAGCAGUUCCUAUACGACGCCUUCCCUGUCCAGCACUCGGCUACAGUCGAGCAACUCUAUAGAGCCGAAUACCAGGUCCGCGGCACCGUGGGAAAGACGGCAAUCGUCGAGCAGUUCCUAUACGACGCCUUCCCUGUCCAGCACUCGGCUACAGUCGAGCAACUCUAUAGAGCCGAAUACCAGGUCCGCGGCACCGGUUCCCUAACGUUAGACAUAUUGGACACGAGUGGGUCGUAUGAGUUCCCGGCGAUGAGACAACUGGCCAUCAAAUCGGGCGAUGCAUUCAUUCUUGUAUUCUCUGUGGACGACAGCGAGUCCUUCGAAGAGGUCCGACGGCUCCGGGAACUCAUACUUGAGCUCAAGAGCCGAGACAACAACGACAACCACAACCAGAUACCGAUCCCCAUCUGCGUCGUCGGCAAUAAAAACGAUUUAUUAGACGACCGACGAGUCAUUAGAAAGGAAGUGGCGGAAAGUGUGAUAUGUCUGGACUGGGAGAACGGGUACGUCGAGUGUUCGGCCAAAAGCAACACAAAUGUGGUGACAAUAUUUCAGGAGCUAAUGAUCCAGGCAAAAGUGCCUAUAGAUGUCGGACCCGUUAUAGCCAAUGGAAAGCCCCGCAGGAGUUCAUUGCCCGAGUGUCCCACCAGUCCUGUCGACAAAGACAAGGGAAUACCUAAAAGAAACAGUUGUGCCGUUUCAUAG